GUAAUGCACCUAUUUGCGUUGGUGCCUGCAGCCGCCGUUAAAAACCAAGAGGAAGAAGAAUGGUGCGUCGCCCCGCUGCAUCUGGUUAAGCUGAAUAAAGAAAAACUCACUGCAGUAAAGAUGGCUUUUAUUAAAGAGGAGAGUGAAGAUGUGAGGAUUGAAGAAGCAUUCAGAGUCAAACAUGAAGAUACUGAGGAACAAACAGACUUGAUGCUUCUGAAAGAGGAGAAUAAAACGGAAGAUCAGUAUGAGAAACAUCAUGAUUUUAUUACUGGAGAAAAAUCUUUUAGUUGCUCACAGACUGAGAAGACCUCACUUAAAAGAAAUCAAAAGACAGGAACGAGAAGUUCUUCCACUUGUCAAGAGUGUGGAAAAAGUUUCAGUCGAAAAGGAAGCCUUAACAUUCACAUGCGAAUUCACACUGGAGAGAAUCCUUUCACCUGCCAACAGUGUGGAAAAAGUUUCACUCAAAAAGGAAGCCUUAACAUUCACAUGCGAAUUCACACUGGAGAGAAUCCUUUCACCUGCCAACAGUGUGGAAAAAGUUUCACUCAGAGAGGAAGCCUUAAAAUUCACAUGCGAAUUCACACUGGAGAGAGCCCUUACACUUGCACAGAGUGUGGAAAAAGUUUCAUUCGAAGAGGAAGCCUUAAAAGCCACAUGACAAUUCACACUGGAGAGAAGCCUUACACAUGCCCUCAAUGUGAAAAGUGUUUUACACGUAAAGCAACACUAAAUGCCCACAUGAAAAUUCACACUGGAAACAGUCCUUACACCUGCAAACCGUGUGGGAAGACCUUCUCACAAAAAGGAAAUCUUAAGACUCACAUGAGAAUUCACAAUGGAGAGAGGCCGUACAUAUGUGGUCAGUGUGGAAAGAGAUUCAGAAGUAAAGUGAACCUGAAUUACCACAUAAGGAUCCACUCAAGAAAGAACUGUUUUAUAUGUCAUCAGUGUGGAAGAAGUUUCACAGAGAGGAAGCUCUUUAAGAAACAUGUGAUAAUUCACUCAGGGGAGAAGCCAUUCUCAUGUCUUAAGUGUGAAAAGAAAUUUACAUAUCAAAAAUAUCUGAAACGUCAUUUGCAAUCUCAUUAUGGAAAGAAAGUGCAGCAUUCUGAAUGUGAUCAAAUGUUUAAAAAAACGAGCAAUUGUAAAAAUAAUUUGCACAUUCACUCUAGAGGAAGGCCAUUUAAAUGUGAUCAGUGUAAUAAAAAAUUUAUUUUGCCAUCACACUUACAGAUACACCUGAAAAGUCAUGCAUAUGUUAAACCCCAUUUGUGUUCUUUGUGUGGGAAGAGUUUUAAAUGGCUCAGCAAUUUUAAAUGGCACCAGAAAAUACGUAUCUGUAUGAAGAGCGUUACAAUAGUCCACCAGUGCUUCCUAUCCAUCUCCUAA